AUGUCCCAGCGCAGGGGACUCAGGAGGAGACCCAGCACACCGGUGGCUCCUGUACGCAGCAUCCGGCCCUUCAAGUCCAGCGAGCAGUAUCUGGAGGCCAUGAAGGAAGACCUGGCCGAGUGGCUGCGGGAUCUCUACGGGCUGAACAUUGACGCAGCCAACUUCCUGCAGGUGCUGGAGACAGGCCUGGUACUGUGCCGGCAUGCCAACACCGUCACCGAGGCUGCCCUGGCUUUCUUGGCAGAGGCACCUGCUAGGGCCCAAAGGAUUCCUGUGCCCCGGACUGGGGUUUCCUGCAAUGGGGCUGCCCAACCAGGUAGCUUCCAGGCCAGGGACAAUGUGUCCAACUUCAUCCAGUGGUGUCGCAAGGAGAUGGGAAUUCAAGAGGUGCUGAUGUUCGAGACGGAGGACUUGGUGCGGCGCAAGAACGUGAAGAAUGUGGUGCUGUGUCUGCUGGAGCUCGGCCGCCGGGCCUGGCGCUUCGGCGUGGCGGCACCCACCCUGGUGCAGCUGGAGGAGGAGAUUGAGGAGGAGCUGCGGCAGGAGCUGGCCCUGCCCCCGCCCGACCCCCCACCGCCCGCGCCCCCCAAGCGCCGGCCUUGCCACUUCCGCAACCUGGAUCAGAUGGUGCAGAGUCUCGUGAGCCGCUGCACAUGCCCAGUGCAGUUCUCCAUGGUCAAGGUAUCUGAGGGGAAGUACCGAGUGGGGGACUCCAACACCCUCAUCUUCAUCCGGAUCCUGCGGGACCAUGUGAUGGUGCGUGUGGGGGGCGGCUGGGACACGCUGGGCCAUUAUCUGGACAAACAUGACCCCUGCCGGUGCACGUCCCUCUCGCACAAACCGGGAAGAUUCCUGAAGCCCCAGACUGUACCAGUUCAGCAUGAAGUGAGAGUUGAAGAUGGCCCCUCACAGCCUCAGCCUGUGAUGACCAUCAGCCGCUCACAGAGCCCUCUGCCUCCAGUGGACUGGAAGACAUAUACCUCUUCAGUCCGAAAAUUCAGGCUCUCUCCUCACUCCUCCCCCAGACCCUAUGGUGAAGAGAGAGCAGCAGCCCUGAAAGAGAUGGAGCCAUUCCUAAGGUCCCAGGAAAGGCCGCUCAGCCCAUCUUGGAGGCAGCCAUCAGGUGGGGGAAGCUUACCCAUUCCUCAGUCCUCACCUACCCAUAGGGGCCAAGAGCCACAGGAUGCCCUUGUAGGAAGGAAAGAGGAAAAAUACUCUGGUCAACUUCCCAGAGGAAGGACUCCUACAUCUUGGGUUCAUGAGAAGACAGAGGGCCUGGGAAUCCAUGCCAGGGCCCCUACUCCCCAGAGACAUCAAGCUCCUGAUGUCACCACCAAAGUGACAUCACGGAGGGGACCAUCUCCUCUGCCUCAUUCCUCAAGCCCAGCCAACCCUCCAGGCCCUGGGCUGCCACACCAGGGUGCUUCCCCCCAGCUCAAGGAGCCAGCAUCUGUCCCCUCUCCAUCCCCUGUCAAAGGACUCACCAAGAUUCCAAUCCGGCUAUCCCCUGCCUGUCCUGUCACCCCAGGAAGAAGCUGUCCAGGUGCUGCAAAUGGAGGUCCUGUGGCAGAAGUGGGGAGAAACCCCAGCUCACCAAAGACUGUCACUGGGGACCUUGCCAGGUCCAGACAUGGAAGCUGCUCUGUGGAAGUGAGGCAAGGGGACCAGCAGCCAGACGUCCCAGUCACUGCAGAGGCCGUAGCACCCUGGGGCACUGGCCCACAGGAGCGGGAAAGGCAGCAUACCCCCUUGCCCCUUGGCAGGACUGGGAAGCAAUCCGUCUACCAGAGACUGGAAGAGCUUGUGGCCAACAUGGAGCUGCUGGAAGUAGGGGGUGCCUGUCCCCAGGACACAGGGUCAUCAGUCAUCCCUCGAAGUGGGGUAUACGUCCCCAGCCUGAGUGGGCGGUGGCCUGCACCUGGUGGUCCUUAUGACAAAGUCAUCCAAGAACUAGCUCAAGGCCCCCCACCCCUCCUUAAAGUGGACCUUGGAUCCUGGAAGGUCACCCCUACAGGCUCCCCUAAGCCAGCUGUUACUGGAGGCCCAGGAAACACAAAAGGGAAGCUGGGAGCCAGAGAGAGUAAGCCAAAGGAAAAGGCAAGCCUGAGUGAGGAGGACACCAAGACGAGCCAUGUCUUGCCUCCUGGAGGGCAGGAGUGUUCCACCCCUACCGUAUCUUCCAGCCAGGAGGCCCCCAGACCUUCACUCUCAGAGUCUCAUUCUGACAAAGCCAAGGCUUGCCUAGGCAAGGGCAAGAGAACACUCCAGAAGCCCCAGAGAGUCCCAUCCAUCUAUAAGCUGAAGCUGAGGCCCAGGAUCCGGCCCCGGAAGGAUCACAGACCUGAGAAGCAGCCUUCACGAAUCCCCAAGCCACUGGCCUAUCUCUGUCUGGGUUCAGCAGGGGCACUGCACAGGAGCAGACUGUUGAAAACCAGAGUGGGGAUCAAGGAAGGGAGGGCAAGCCAGGCAGACAGAGGUUAUGCAAGUGAAAAUGCGGAGGAGGAAAAGGAAAAGAAAGAGCAGGCCCACCCACUGGAGAGCAGCCCCCAGCCUUUGGAGGACCAGGGCUCUCGGCAGCUGGCUCCAGCCCCACCUCCACCUGAGGAGGAAUCCUGGGUCUGA